AUGGGCUGCCUCAUCUCUCAUCUUCGGUGCAGUGCUGCCAGUGGCCACAAGCCCUAUACUGCGGAGCAGUUGCAGCAGCUCCUGCCAAGCGAAGAAAGUUUGUCGAAGGGGAUCGCGUGUCGCUCGCAUGCCAGUGCCAGCGAUCCGGCUGCAUUUGCCAGCACCAACCUACUCGCAGAGAGUCUCGCGCUGCACACCGUUGCUUACCUUCGCUCCAGCGGCUGGGGCUGGCGAAGGACCCGACUCGGACGCGCGCAUCAGAGGGUUCAUGCUGCGCGCGGGCCAGUCGAGAUGAUUAUCGCGUUCACCGCCAUCCUCCUGCGCGACUCACCCGUCCUACCGAUGCGUCAAGCGACGAUCCUACACGGCAUUCGCUUGGCGUUGGAAGCAUUGCUUACCCAGCAAGACAUCGACUGGGUCGACGUCCUGCCGCUUGCGGAACACGCUGUGCGCAUCGCAGAGUCAUUCGGAUCCACGGACACCGAGGAUGGCGCCUCGAGUAGCUUGCCUUCCUUAGAAACCGUCAGUAGUACAUAA